CCUCACAAAGCCACGGCUGGACCCUCUGAGGCAUCCCCGUCCGGUAUGAACAGGUAGGCAACAUGAGGGCUAUCUGACCAGCAGCUGCAGCCUCUUAAACCUCUGCUGAUGAAGACGCAGCGGCGGGUCAGAAAUCUGUGAAGGAGCGGAUAUUUGCGCACGGUGCGUGUUCCAUGUCAAGGGAAAGAGACCCGCUGCGCCUGUCUUUGCACAGAGGGGACAUGUGCUAAGUAACGGAGGGGGGGACGUAAACAUGCAAUAGGUGACAGUGGCAACCAGGUACUACGCAAGAGCGCUCCCUCCGGACCUGCUCACUGAACUUUACCCACUGAGGUUUACGCGAUGGCUGCUCUGGGUGAAGUUGGAGGCUUCUUGCACGGUGUUGAUGGUAUUGGACACGUUGGGUCCCCUUUCCUCCUGACCCCACUUGGGGACAGUCCGACGCUGAUGGGGGAGCACUUCAUACCUGGGGAGAGGUUGUCCCGGAGCGCCACGGCGGAUUUAACUCAUCUAAAAGGGAUUCUAAGGAGGAGACAGUUAUACUGUAGAACUGGAUUUCACCUGGAAAUACUUCCGGAUGGCACCGUGCAGGGGACGAGAAAGGACCAUAGUCGUUUUGGUAUUUUGGAAUUCAUAAGCCUUGCUGUUGGAUUGAUAAGCAUUAGAGGGGUGGACAGUGGACUGUAUCUGGGGAUGAAUGACAAAGGAGAGCUGUAUGGCUCUGAAAAGCUCACAGCUGAGUGUGUCUUCAGGGAGCAGUUUGAGGAGAACUGGUACAACACAUACUCCUCCAACCUCUACAAGCAUGGAGACAAAGGGACACGGUACUUUGUGGCACUGAAUAAGGAUGGCACCCCGAGGGACGGGACAAAAUCUAGGCGACAUCAGAAGUUUACCCACUUCUUGCCGAGGCCUGUGGAGCCAGAUCGGGUGCCAGAGCUGUACAGGGAGAUCCUGGGCCACAGCUGAGACCGGGCAGCCUCUGGUCCAGAUCAGGAAUAGCUGCUAACGCUGCAGCCCUCACAGGGAGCAGAUAAGAGGGAGCCGGGGAUGUGGCCAGUCCAGGUUGGUAGACGGAGGAGCCAGCAGCCCAACCAGCAGGGUAGCCCACAUUACGGAUAAAGGCACCGGGGCCUCCUCUAGGAAUGCAUGGGCCAUCUCUCAGCGGCCGGGAAGACAGUCUAGAAUGUCUGACUUUGUCAACCUGCGCGCCAAGCAUGAGGGGGUCGUUUGUUUCAGAGGCCAGCCGACCCUAAAAGUACCUGCGUGGAAUAGGAGAAGAACUGGAAGUGGAGCAGAGAGAAAGAGGGAGAAGCUGAAUGGUCAGGGAGCGUCUCCUCUGUGCCGAGUCGGAUGUGUCUGUUGGACAGAGACGCCAAUUGGCAAGGAGUCCAUGGGAAUCCGUACUAUCAUGAGAAUGGUAUUUUUAUUUGGGUGCUGUGUCAGAGAGCCUUAGUUUGUUCAGAAGGACUUUGAAGGAAUUCAGUUUUUUCUUAGCUGUGUCUAGAUGUGUUUAA